UUAGCCUGUGUGUUUAUCGGCGUUUGAUGAGCCAUUGUGAGUCUCCGCAGCAACAAUGUGUUCAGUUCAGCCUCUGAGAGAGUUUAUCAGACAGAGACUAACCGCUGCUGCUGAAGAAAUUUUCUCAGAGGUGGAAAAAACCUUCAUCCAGUACGAGGAGGAGAUCGACCGUCAGAGACUGCUGGACAUCAGCUCACAGAGAGCAGAUAUUCCAUAUCAAUACAGCUGUGAAGAGACAGAGCUUCAGUCGGGCCAGAAGCCUUCAAACAAAGAGAUAAUCUCCGGUUUGGACCAAGAGAAACCAGAAGCAUGGCAGUCGGUGAAGGAGCCAAAAGAUUCUGUAGCUCCCCUGAUUAAAACGGAAAUGGAAACAACUGAAUUUCAGCAUUUAAAAGAGGAACAUGGUGAAAUCUGCAUCAGUCAGGCUGGAGAACAGCUUGUUCUGAACCAGGAGACUGGUACCAUAAUGGUGAAGGACAGAGAGCAGGGAGAACCAAAUAGGGACCAGCUGUUCUCCCAGAACUCUACUGGAGCGGAGCACCCAGACCAGAUGGUGACCAAUGAUAAAGCAUCUAUACUGAGACAGAAUAACGAGGAUAAAACGAAACCAAAGAGACAUGGUGCGGUGAAAAGGGCUUUAUGCAAGAUAUGUGGUAAAAGUUUCAACCAGUGUUAUUUAUACGACCACAUCAGAACUCACACAGGUGAGAAGCGUUUCUCGUGCCAAAUGUGUGGAAAGAAGUUUGUUCAAAAAAGUAACUUGGUAACUCACAUGAGGAUUCACUCUGUAGGGAAACAACGUCCAUGUGAAAUCUGUGGUAAAACUUUCUCUCGUGACGAUCGUUUGGCAUCUCACAUGAGCAUGCACGCCGGUGAAAAACCUUUCCCAUGUCAGACCUGUGGAAAAGGUUACAGUCAGAAGAUUCAUUUAAUCCGUCACACAAAAACUCACACAGGUGAGAAACCCUUUGAGUGUCAGAUCUGUGGGAAAGGCUUUAUCCAGAAAGAUAGUUUAAUCACUCACACAAGAACCCACACCGGAGAGAAGCCUUUCUCUUGUCAGACAUGUGGAAAACGUUUCAGUGACAGGAGUAAUUUAAUACAUCACAUUAGAACACACACAGGUGAGAGGCCUUACUCCUGUAAGAUUUGUGGGAAAAGUUUUAUACAAAAAAUAAACAUAGUUACUCACAUGAAAGUUCACUCAGGUGAGAAACGCUUCCCGUGCGAAUUCUGUAGUCUGUGUUUCUCUCGCAGAGCUAAUUUGACUCGUCACAUGUCCACUCAUACAGGCCUGGAAGCUUUUUCAUUUCAGCCCUCUGAACAUGAAUUCAGUGAAGUUGAAAAACUUCAAACUCCACAUGAGCACUCACUCGAGUGACGAGGUGUGAUCUAAGACUAAUUUAAAAAUGUCAGACAUUACAACUGAAAAAGUUUUUUUUUGUUAAACUAAAGUAUAUUGUUUAUAGCUUAUUUAUAAAAACAAUGUAAUGUUUAUUUAGAUAUGUAACAUGUAUGAAAAAGCAAUUUGGAAAUGUCCGUAGUGAACUGUAAAAAUCUUGUCACAGAAAAUCCAACUAGAUAAAAACACAGUUUAAAAAUAAAGCUGCUGUUUCUAGCAUUUUCUGCAUUCAUUUGUUUUUAAUGAUGGAUCUGACAGUUU